AUGUCGAACACGAUAGAUAUGUCCAAACUGGCUUUGAUCCCUCAGGGGGCAGCCUAUGGCCUUCUUAUUGGUCUUAGCGUGUUGUUCUGCGGGGUUAUUUUGAUCGCCGUCAAGGUACAGAAAGCAUAUCUUGCUGAAGAUUCUGGAAAGUCGGAAAUGUUCAUGGUCGCCAAUCGCUCCGUGGGGAGAGGCUUGUGUGCAUCCGCAGUCUUCAGUUCCUGGAUGUGGAUCAACGAAACAGUGUUGUGUGCGGCUAUGACAUAUAGAUAUGGUCUUGCGGUGCCACUAUGGUGGGGAUCUGGUCUAUGCUUCCAAAUUGCACUGAUGGCAGCACUUGGUGUUAUGGCCAAGAUUCGAGUCCCUUAUGCUCAUACCUCGCUUGAAGUCGUUCGGAUGCGUUAUGGUAAGAUUGGACAUCUUGUGUUCAUCGUGCUCAACCUCGUCAACAACGUCUUCGGAUGCGCCUCGAUGAUUAUGACCGGCUCUCAGCUCAUCCAUGGUGUUUCUGGCAUGCACUAUGUAGCAGCAACUAUUCUCGUUCCCCUCGGAGUUGUCCUAUAUACAGCUGUGGGUGGCUUGAAGGCCACAUUCUUGACGGACUUCUUGCACACGGCUAUUGCACUCAUUCUCAUCAUCUAUUUCACAAUUGCUGUCUUGACAAACUCGGCGGUCGGUGGACUGGGUGGUUUGUAUGAUAAAGUCGUUGCAACAGCUGCGGAUAAUUACAUCCCUGGCAACUAUGAAGGUUCACUUCUUACAUUCAAGUCCAAGGAUGCAAUUAUUUGGGGGUUGAUUCUCAAGUUUGGAAACCUGGCACUUGUUGUUAUGGAUACCGCAUUUUGGCAAAAGUCCUUCGCGACAGAGGUCAAGGCAACAGUGCCAGGAUACAAUAUCGCUGCAUUGGCUGUAUUCGGUAUUCCCUGGGGUCUAGGCACAGUCAUCGGUUUGGCAACGAGGGCAAUCCACGAUACACCAAUCUUUCCAACUUACCCCGGUCUGCUUACUGCCACUGAAGUCAGCUCAGGCAUGGUGAUGCCAUACACCAUCAAAGCACUGAUUGGAGACAAGGGAAUUAUUGGAUUCUUCUUCCUUUUAUUCAUGGCUUUGACAAGUACCGUUUCCUCCUCGAUGAUUGCUGUCAGUAGUAUCUUGUCUUAUGACAUCUAUAAGACAUACCUCAACCCGAAAGCUACCGACAAGCAGAUUGUGGGAGUGAGCCACUUAACUGUGGUUAUCCACGGUGUAUUUAUUACCGGAAUUUCCAUCGCUCUCAACUACGGAGGAGCGAACAUGACAUGGAUCGGGUACCUGAGGCCCAUUAUCUCAUGUCCAGGAAUCAUCCCUAUGAUUCUUACUUUGUUCUGGUCUCGACAGACCCGGAUGGCUGCAAUUUUCUCCCCCGUGCUUGGCUUCUUUUCAGGUCUCGCUGUAUGGUUGGCAACAACCAAAUAUAUGUAUGGCACAAUCAACAUCACGACCACUACAAAUCCCUAUCCGGCACUAUAUGCGGCCGUCACUUCAUUCUUUACGCCAGCUCUCUAUUCCGUUGUCCUGUCACUCUACAAGCCAUAUAAGUUUGACUGGAGGGUAUUCCUCCGAAUUGAGCUCGCGGAUCAGGCAGCAAUCCAGUUGCCCUCAGAUACAAGCACUUUGAACGAGAGCAGCGAGGAAGACCACGCAAGCGAUCCGAAGCGUGUCGCUGGAUCUAUCAAACCGGUUGUCGAUAGUCAACCAGAAAGCAUCAACAACGACCCAGAGCAGAUUGGCAAUAUCAGCGAAAAGAGUCCUACGGAGAAAGCUUCAUCACCAUCUUCCGAGGAAAUCAGCCUUGAUGAAAUUCAACACCCAUUCGACGACGCGACGUUGAAAGAGCUGUACAGAUGGCUGAAGAUUGCUUGGUACAUGUUCGGGGCUAUCGUGCUGAUCACAUUCGUUGCUUGGCCUCUUCCACUAUAUCGCGACUACAUCUUCACGAAAUCAUUCUUCGCGGGGUGGGUAGUUGUCGCCAUUAUCUGGCAGUUCGCUGCCUUUGGGGCAGUUGUGAUUUUCCCACUUUAUGACGGACGGCAGGAUAUUGCGAUCGGUGCAAGAGGUAUCUGGAAGUCUUCUAAGGAGUAUAUCGGCAAGGCCAAGAGAAAUUAG